CAACCCACAGAGCCUUUUCUCUCAGACUGGUUGUAGCUACCAGUGUGAUCAGGACCCAGAGAAGUUUUACCCUGGAUAUGGAGCGAGAACCAAGGCGAAUAAGGGAAGGAUACUUGGUUAAGAAGGGUAGCAUGUUUAAUACCUGGAAGCCAAUGUGGGUAGUACUACUAGAAGAUGGAAUUGAAUUUUAUAAGAAGAAGAUUGACAACAGUCCCAAAGGAAUGAUCCCUCUAAAAGGAAGUUCUCUUACUUGCCCAUGUCAGGAUUUUGGUAAAAGGAUGUUUGUCUUCAAGCUCGCCACAGCCAAACAAGAACAUUUUUUCCAAGCUGCCUACCUUGAGGAGAGAGAUGCCUGGGUACGUGACAUAAAGAAGGCUAUUCAGUGCAUUGAGGGAGGCCAAAAGUUUGCCAGAAAGUCCACCAGAAGGUCCAUAAAACUGCCUGAAACCAUCAAUCUGAGUGCUCUGUAUCUUUCAAUGAAGGAUCCAGAAAAAGGAGUAAAAGAAUUGAAGCUGGAAAAAGACAAAAAAGUGUUCAAUCACUGUUUUGCAGGCACAUCUGUGAUUGACUGGCUGGUAUCAAGCAACUCGAUCCGAAAUCGUAAAGAGGGUCUCAUGCUGGCCUCUUCCCUGUUAAAUGAAGGCUACCUGCACCCUGCUGGGGACACUUCCAAAGCUGCUGCUGAAGGAUUGUCAGACACUCCCUUUCUGGAUCUUCCUGAUGCCUAUUAUUACUUUCCAGACAGCGGGUUCUUCUGUGAAGGGAAUUCCAGUGAUGAGGAUGUGGUCCUGAAGGAAGAGUUCAGGGGCAUAGUGGUUAAACAGGGAUGUUUACUAAAGCAGGGGCAUCGGAGGAAAAACUGGAAAGUGAGAAAGUUUGUUUUAAGAGAGGAUCCUGCAUACCUGCACUACUAUGAUCCAGCUGGGGGAGAAGAUCCACUAGGAGCAAUUCACUUGAGGGGUUGUGUGGUGAGUGCAGUUGAAGACAUGCCAGAUGCCAAGAAGCAUGAAGCUGACAGCAACCUUUUUGAAAUCAUCACAGCAAAUGAUGUGCACUAUUUCUUGCAAGCAGCCACCUCUACAGAGCGCACAGAGUGGAUCAAAGCAAUUCAGUUGGUUGCUAGGACCGGGAAGUAAAUAUUUGCUACCUGCAAAAUGCCUUCCACUCUCAACCUUCCAAGGGAUUUUGAGAUGUAAACCAGAGAAAGUGAUUUAAUCCGGACAUCUUCCAUGUUUCAGGGAUGUAUUUGGUAGCCGUGUUGGUCUGAGACAAAAAGAAAUGCAAAAAUCUAGAACUCUUGGUUCAGAAAUGAUACCUUUUAUUAGACCAACUGAGAAACUGCAAAAAAAAAAAUCUUUUUCUGCAGGCUUUCAUGGGACCUGGAGGGAUAGAUUUCCAGCUUCAGCUUCCUUUGUGCAAAAUUGAAGUUUAUUUCCUAUAUAUGGAAACUCUUUACCAUCUUUAAUUUUCCAUGAACAUGUUGAAGGGCCUGUGAGCCUGAAAGUUUGCAGAAAAAGAUAAUUUUGUUGCAGUUUCUCAGUUGGUCUAACAAAAUGUAUCAUCUCUGAACCAAGAGUUCUAGAUUUUUGCAUUUCUUUUAAUCCAGACAGGCUUCCUAAAGCCUGGAGUAAAACAGGCUGUUUAAUCUCUAUAGUGGAUGUUAAAACUAAUAAAUUCUCAGCACUUGUAUUCAGAAGAUUUUACUAAUUUAUAGCAUAGAAUAUACUUCACUAACUUGUGUUGCUUUUUUAUUAUUGGGCUAUCCUGCGAACACCUAGCUCAGCCUUCUGUUUCCAUUGAAGAGAAUGAGUGUUAUCAUUAAUGUAAUUAAGGGCCAGGAUCUUACCAUUGAUGUAAAUAAAAAUGACAUUCUAAUUAGA